AUUUCAGUUACUUGCAGUAAUUUGACUUGUGAGGCCUGCUUCAAUAUUUCUAAUCAUGUUUUUUGCCCUGAAUCAACAGAGGGUGCAUGCUGCUCUGAAGAUUCUGGUGAAGGUAUAACGUGUUUGAAAAAGGAAGAUGAUUGCAACAGUACAACAACCUCACCUGAACCAACAACCUCACCUAAACCAACAACAGAAAUUCCUGUAACUACUAAUAGUCCUACUACUGGAACUUACACUUCUGUGCCAUCGCCAUUCAAAACAACUGUAGCUCCUUCCGGACGUCAUUUUGAUGCUCCUAGUUUUAUUGGGGGCAUAGUUCUUGCUCUAGGAUUGUUGGCCAUUAUUUAUGUCAGUUUUAAAUUCUAUAAAGCUCGGACUGAAAGAAAUUAUCAUACAUUGUAAUUUUUCAUGAUUUAGAAUAAAUACUUAUUUAUGAUCUGUAAU